AUGGUCGACAUAGUUGUUCUUGGUGCGACAGGCUAUACUGGUCGUCUCAUAGCUCAGUACCUCGCUUUACAUCCGCAGCGUUCGUCAUUCACGUUUGGUCUUGCUGCACGGUCGCAGUCAGCACUCGAGAAAGUUUUUAAAAGGCUCAAUCUCUCGAAAGACGAUGUACCAGCAUUCAUUAUGGACGUUACGAAUCCCAGUGAUGUGGGUGCUGUGGUACAACAGGCCAGGGUUGUAAUUAACACCAUUGGUCCAUACUGGCGGUGGGGAACUUCUGUCGUUCGAGCUUGUGUACAUCAUGGGAAACAUUACGUGGACUUGACUGGCGAAGUUCACUGGAUAAAGGAUAUUAUCUUCGAACUCGACUACGCAGCUGUCAAGUCAGGUUCAAUUGUGGUGCCUUGCUGCGGGUUAGACUCGGUACCUUCUGAUAUUAUUGCAUUCGUCGCGAACAAAACACUUAAAUCCUUCGGUGGGCCCUCUACCACAAUCGACCUCUCUACUUCGGCAUGGAAGCUUGGCGGUGCUUCUAUUUCAGGAGGCACUUUCUCCACAAUCCUCACUGCAUUGGAAGAUGUCCCAAAGCACAAACUGCUCGCGAUAAGGCAGAAUUUCGUGUUGAGCCCAGUGAAAGGCACCCAUUCUCCUCGACCCCGCAUGCUUUAUACCUUGCCAUACUCUGACCAACCCGUUUACGGGGCGUGGUAUUUCAUGGCAAUCACCAAUUCUCAGGUCGUGCAGCGCUCAUGGGGUCUGUAUGAACUCGCGCGCCGUCUCAACCAUCAUAAUGAGACUGCUGUCGCUCCAUUGUCCUACGGUCCGAACUUCAAGUACGAGGAGUUCGUGAUUCUGCCGAGUGCAAUAUACGCUAUGAUGUAUUCAAUCAUAUUUGCCGCGUUGGCGGCAUUGCUUGUUUACUUCCCGCCUGCGAGAAUGUUAGCCCGGAGAAUAAUUCCCGGUCCUGGUGAAGGCCCUUCUGAGAAACAACUACGCGGUGGCUCUAUUAAAAUCACUAACAUAACUACGUCCAGUCCCAACUCCCAAGGAGAAAAGAUCGUUGUACGAAGUAUUUUCCGCGGUCAAGGUGACCCUGGAUACUUCUUAUCAUCCAUAAUGAUUUCAGAAUGUGCGCUUGCGUUGGUUUUGGAUAGUGCAACCUUGCCUCAGAUAAGCACACGUGGUGGCAUCUUGACUCCCAUGACUGCUUUUGGAGACGUUCUCAUUGAGAGGUUGAAGACAUCAGGACAUAUCGACAUCGAAAGUGAGUUGUUAGUCGGGGCAGAGUCACGUAAAACACGUUGA